AUGUCACACAGUAAGCGGAACACAUCGCGCGCCGUCUUCACUUCCCACGAGCGGGACCUCGCUAAACGAGCAUGGAGCUCAACGACGGCACGACUUUCACGUGAAAGCUUCCUUCCCUUCUCAUCCUGCGGACUGUGCCUCGAGAUAGCCCAAGACCCGGUGUCAUGUGUGCACGGCGACAUAUUUUGCCGCGAGUGCGCCCUGAAUAACAUCCUGGCCCAGAAGAAGGAAAUAAAGCGCCUCGAGAAAGUUCGCGACCAGGGGGAGCGUGAUGCCUUGGAAGAAAGGGCGCGCCAGGAGGAAGAAGCCCGUGAACGUGCUAUUCGUGAAUUUGAGAUGACACAAAUCGGCCUAGACGCGAAGACGAAGAGUAAUGGCACUAAUAAAGACAAUAAUACUACUCGGAAAGGAUCAACCGAUAGUCAUAAUCAAAGUAGCACACCGGCGGCAGUGGAGUUACCUAAUGGCAGUGGGAAGAAGCGUAAAUUUGAAAUAGACGCGGAAGAAUUGGUGCGGAUAGCGCAAGAAGACAGGGCAAAAGCACGGAAAGCAAUCGACGAAGAGAAAGCAACGAAACCCGUGUUACCGUCGUUUUGGACGCCUUCGAUUACACCAUCUUCCAACACGAAAGAUGCGCUUCACGAGGUAGCCAAGAAGACGAAGAGCACGCCAAUAUGCCCGGCGUCAAAAGACGACAGUCCACAUACGUACUCGCUACACACACUUGUGACAGUGAACUUCACCGAAGAGGAAGAUGGAGGAGGCGAGGGCCGGGAUGGUCCAAGUAAUAGGAAGAAGCGUAUACGAAUAUGUCCAUCGUGCAAGAAAGGACUAAGCAAUACUUCGAAAGCACUGCUCGCAAAGCCCUGCGGUCAUGUCUUGUGCCGUAACUGCGUCGAUAAGUUUAUGCAACCCUCGCGGCACCACCAUGAUCCACACGCAUCGGCAGGUGAUGCUGGGAGCUUACGGUGCUAUGUCUGCGAGGCAGACCUUAUAGAUCAGAAGGGCAGUAAUGAUGGGGGGAGUGAAAAGAGCAAGAAAAAGGAUAAAGAGAGGAUACGACCGGGAUUAGUCGAGCUGAGGAGCGAGGGUACAGGCUUUUCAGCCGGGGGCGUAAACCAGGUGCAGAAAUCUGGCGUGGCAUUUCAAUGCUAG